AAACCGUUUCAUAUUCAUCCUCAAUUCAAAGCGAGGCUCGUAUCAGAGUUACUACAGUAUAAUAUUAUUACGUGUUACUAGUUCAAAUUUUAAUCUAUCAAUAUGAGGGAAAUCGUACACAUUCAAGCUGGACAGUGCGGAAACCAGAUUGGAGCAAAAUUCUGGGAAAUCAUCUCUGAUGAACAUGGAAUUGACCCUACCGGAGCCUACCAUGGAGAUUCUGACCUCCAGCUGGAAAGAAUCAAUGUAUACUACAAUGAAGCAUCUGGAGGCAAAUAUGUACCCCGUGCUAUCUUGGUUGAUUUGGAACCUGGUACCAUGGAUUCUGUCCGUUCCGGACCCUUUGGACAAAUAUUUAGACCUGACAAUUUCGUCUUUGGACAGUCUGGCGCUGGUAACAAUUGGGCCAAAGGUCAUUACACAGAAGGUGCUGAAUUAGUUGAUUCAGUUUUGGAUGUUGUACGUAAAGAAGCAGAAUCAUGUGACUGUCUACAAGGUUUCCAACUCACACACUCACUUGGAGGUGGUACCGGUUCUGGUAUGGGUACCUUGCUGAUCUCUAAAAUUAGGGAAGAAUAUCCAGACAGAAUUAUGAACACGUAUUCAGUUGUACCCUCGCCAAAAGUAUCUGAUACUGUAGUAGAACCCUACAAUGCAACUCUGUCAGUCCACCAACUUGUUGAAAAUACCGAUGAAACAUACUGUAUUGAUAAUGAAGCUCUCUAUGACAUCUGCUUUAGAACUUUGAAAUUGACCACCCCAACUUACGGAGAUUUGAACCAUUUAGUUUCCCUCACAAUGUCUGGAGUCACAACAUGUCUUAGGUUCCCAGGUCAAUUGAACGCCGAUCUUAGAAAAUUAGCAGUGAACAUGGUACCAUUCCCUCGUCUCCACUUCUUCAUGCCAGGUUUUGCACCAUUGACAUCCCGUGGCAGUCAACAAUACAGAGCCCUGACAGUUCCUGAACUCACCCAACAAAUGUUUGACGCUAAAAACAUGAUGGCUGCCUGCGAUCCAAGACAUGGUAGAUACUUGACUGUAGCAGCUGUAUUCAGAGGAAGGAUGUCUAUGAAGGAAGUUGAUGAACAAAUGCUUAAUAUCCAAAACAAGAACAGCAGCUACUUCGUUGAAUGGAUCCCCAACAAUGUUAAAACAGCCGUGUGUGACAUCCCACCAAGAGGUUUGAAGAUGUCUGCCACCUUCAUUGGUAACUCUACUGCCAUCCAAGAAUUAUUCAAACGUAUCUCAGAACAAUUUACCGCUAUGUUCCGUCGUAAGGCUUUCUUGCAUUGGUACACUGGAGAAGGUAUGGACGAGAUGGAAUUCACUGAAGCUGAAUCCAACAUGAAUGAUUUGGUAUCAGAAUACCAACAAUACCAAGAGGCAACUGCUGAUGAGGAUGCUGAAUUCGAUGAAGAUCAAGAAGCAGAAGUUGAUGAAAACUAAAUUGUUGCCUCAUAUCGAAAAGCAAAAUAGCUUUAAAUUCAAAAUUGUUUCUUUAUUAUAUACAUCAUUUUACAGUUUUUUGUACAUUCCGGUUUGUAAAUUUUGAAUACAUUACUUAACUUAUUCAAGACUGACUUUUUGUUGCUUUCAUUUCCAUUUAUUCACUCAUUGUAACAUUUUUCUGCAUCUUUUUUGUUGAAAAAAGAUAGGCCACAAGUCAUUGCUGCCAAAACCAAUAGGGCUGCCUCAAAAGUUUUUUACUGUGCCUAGUCUUUGUUUGAUUUUUUAUAUGUCCUAAUGUGAAAUUCAUUGGAGUAAUGCUUAUUUAUUUUGAUUGAUAUGUUUGUUAAGAUUGCAAGUUUCGCAAGUUAAUAAAUUUUUAUUCAUCUGCAAUAACAGAUUUUAAAUAAAUGCAGAAUUUUACAUAAAUAA